AUGCAAUCCCCUAGUUGUCAUGAGCGCGGCGGUGACGACUACACAGAGUUCGGAGCCCCCGGCUUAGCCAUCAUCUGCUGCCACUGCACCAACACUAAUGGACCACUUGCCAGCACUGAUGGGUCCCAGGCGAGUGCUUCAUCGGCUUCAUUAGUGGCGCAGCCUGUUAGUGCCAGGUGGCAUCAUCGGCCCACCACCACCACCACCACCCACACCACAUCGACUGAUGCGUCGGCGUCACAGCCAGCCAAGAAGAACACUCGAGGGGUAUGUCGGCAGUUGAAGACGGCGAAGGUCACUCGGGUGACCAACAGUCGUAUCAACAUCGGAUACAACGAGCGACAUCGGGCUGCGCCGAUGGCGGAGUUGCACAGCUCCUUGGCCCACGACAUUGGUCACAUCGUGCGGACCCAUUGCCCAAUGCAAUGGAAGUCUUGGAAGGUCAUGCUUGACGAGAUCAAGACGGAGACGAACUACAACUUAGAGGACCUCGACGACGAGUCAUUGGCGUACGUUAACAGACUCUUCUCUGAAAGGAGGGUUGCCCGAAGUAGCUUGAGGGGCGGGAGGAUAGUUGGGCGUGGCUCUGCGCUCAUUUUCAGGUGCCCGAUUUUGUGGAAGAACAAGACUCUUCUCCACCAUUUAGGUUCUAGGCCCUUCUCAUAUAGGAUGGAUGCACGACAGCGGGGGGGGUCCAAAUUCCCAAAGAUCGACGUCUUUGGCAACGUUUAUGUUCGACCUGGGAAUGAGUUGGCCAAGUCCCUUCAUAUGACGAUGGUGGGGGGGAGCCAGUUGGUUCUUCAGGAGUCCGCCUCCCAACUUCCUCCCAAUACUUCGAUCGAGUCUGUGGAUCCUCCACAGGAUGCUGGGUUUCAGAUCUUGACGGAGACGUUGGAUCAGACUCUUAGGAGGAGGCCGGGGACAUAUUGUCGAGGGAUGGGGAAUGCUCGGUGGAGGGAACCCUGA